AUGGGCAUCCUGAGACGGAGCAAGAGGGUUCGGGCUCUGGUAGCAGACUUUUCCAUUAUCUUCUCCAUCCUCCUGUUCUGUGGAAUUGAUGCCUGUUUUGGUCUGGCAACCCCCAAGCUGCAUGUGCCCAGCGUCAUCAAGCCUACGCGGCCUGACCGAGGUUGGUUCGUGGCCCCCUUUGGGAAGAACCCGUGGUGGGUGUACCUGGCGAGCAUCCUGCCUGCCCUGCUGGUGACCAUCCUGAUCUUCAUGGACCAGCAGAUCACAGCUGUCAUAGUCAACCGGAAGGAGAACAAGCUGAGGAAGGCUGCUGGCUACCAUCUGGACCUGUUUUGGGUGGGCAUCCUCAUGGCCCUGUGCUCUUUCAUGGGGCUCCCCUGGUAUGUGGCAGCCACGGUCAUCUCCAUCGCCCACAUCGACAGCCUCAAGAUGGAGACGGAGACCAGUGCCCCUGGGGAGCAGCCCCAGUUUCUGGGGGUCAGGGAACAAAGAGUGACUGGCACCAUUGUCUUCAUCCUGACGGGCAUCUCUGUCUUCCUGGCUCCUAUCCUGAAGUACAUCCCCUUGCCCGUGCUGUAUGGAGUCUUCCUCUACAUGGGCGUGGCCUCCCUGAAUGGCAUCCAGUUCUGGGAACGCUGCAAGCUCUUCCUGAUGCCAGCCAAGCACCAGCCAGACCACGCCUUUCUGCGGCACGUGCCCCUGCGCCGAAUCCACCUCUUCACCCUGGUGCAAAUACUCUGCCUGGCGGUGCUCUGGAUCCUCAAGUCCACGAUGGCCGCCAUCAUCUUCCCGGUCAUGGUAAGGUGGGCGUGGGCUCCCCAUCCUGCUCAGUGGAUUGGCCCUGGGCAGGUGUCCGCGGGGAGGUCCACCGUCGCAGAUGGUCUGACUCUCUCAGGGUCACAGAGGCAAGCACGGAACAAGAUUCGCAUCGUGAGUGCAGGCCAGACGGAGCAGC